AUCGGUAUUCUGUAUAAACUCGCGCGUGCACAUUCUUCCUAAGGGGGCGAAGUUGGUCUCGGCAUCCGGCGCUCGUUAAAAGCUAAUAAAAAAACUAGGAAAGCCGGAUCCGCCGGAGAGCGGCUCUGUCGGGACUAACCGCAGCUCCGCUCUUCAGUUCAGCAUGUACGUGAGUUGCUCAUGAGAUGGGCCCAUAUAUGUGGGUGCCCUACCUAAUGGUUCCACCGGGGCCGCCGAUCGACAUUGGUACCUAUCCCGACGUAAGGACUCGCGCGACACGCCGUCACGAGUUCGAUGGGGUGAUGACGCAGCGGCCGAGGUCAGGGGAAGGAAAGAAAAAAAAAAAGAAGUUAAGAAGUUUUAGUCUUAGUUGGUUUGUUGCGUAUAGUAGAGUUUCUUCAAGGUUCAGGGAACACCGAAUACCUUUAAAUAAGACCGUAGGCCAUGGCUACCCCUAUGUAUAUUGAAAGAGAACCCGCACAUCUCAAGCUUAUCUUCAGCUUGACACAAGUUACUCAUACAUCAUCUCUAAUAAUAAUAAUAACAACACAUUAUCAUCGACAGGACAGCAUAGUCAACACAGUAUGCCAUUCCUAAAACACCACACCGAUCAGGUGGAAGCACCACAUGCCGGGACUUCGAGCACGGCAGGCUCUGCUACCAAGCAGGAGCAGAGGUUAGAACCCUCGGCGGUAGCGCAACAGAGGGUUACCUUCAUGGCAAUCUUCCUCGGCGCCGUCGCGAGUAUAGGAGGUUUCAUGUUCGGAUAUGUCAGCGGUCAGAUAUCAGGUUUCUUCAGCAUGAACGAUUUCGCCCAGCGCUUCGGCGAAAGGGCGGACAACGGAGAAUACAUUUUCAGCGCGGCGAGACAAGGAACGAUCAUCGGUCUUCUCCCGGUUGGGUGCCUGUUUGGUGCCUUGAUUGCCGGACAACUCGCCGACAUUAUUGGCCGUCGCUUGGCUAUAUCGCUUUCGGCUCUGUGGUCCUGCGUCGGAAUUGUUAUCGAGAUAUCGUCCGAGACGGUCUGGGCACAGUUUGCCGUCGGUCGUCUAGUCACCGGUAUCUCAAUUGGUGCCCUUUCCGUUCUCGUCCCUAUGUAUCAGUCCGAGAGUAGCCCGGCCAUCAUCCGCGGUGUCCUAGUAUCGACAUACCAACUCUUCAUCACCCUCGGCAUCUGGACCAGUUACAUGGUCGACUGGGGCACUGUCGACAUGCAAUCGAGCGCAUCGUGGCGUAUUCCUAACGGUCUCGGUUUCCUCUGGUCCUUGGUCCUGUGUCUCGGCAUCCUUGUUCUCCCCGAGAGUCCCCGACACGCGUACCGCAAAGGUCAAGAAGACGAAGCACGCAGGACGAUCGCCAAGUUGGCUGGAGUCGACCCCCACCACCGCAGCGUCAACGAUCAGAUCACUGAGAUUCGGGUAAAGCUAGAUGAGGAGAGGUCCAGUGGUAAAGCCAGCUGGAUCGAGAUAUUUACCGGACCCAGGAUGCUCUACAGGACUCUCCUGGGUAUAGUACUCCAAGCUGGUCAGCAGCUGACGGGUGCCAACUUCUUCUUCUACUACGGUACAACGGUUUUCAAGUCAACCGGUCUCAGCGACAGCUACGUCACGCAAAUUAUCCUCGGAACUGUUAACGUCGCAACUACGAUCGUCGGUCUAUACGUUGUGCAGAAGGUUGGACGUAGAAAGGCGCUCAUCGCCGGUGCUGCUAGCAUGAUGGCCUGCUUCUUUGUCUACGCCUUCGUCGGCCAUUAUGCUUUGGAUUCGACCAACCCUAUGAACACUCCCAAAGCCGGCUCAACUUUGAUUGUAUUCUCUUGUCUUGCGAUUGCUGCAUUUGCCAUGACUUGGGGACCGCUUGUGUGGACUGUUGUCGCCGAACUCUACCCUUCUCGAUACAGGGCUCCUUGUAUGGCUUUGGCCACCGCUUCUAAUUGGUUCUGGAAUUUCAUGAUUUCGUUCUUCACUCGAUUCAUUACCGACACUAUCGACUAUUUCUACGGCUUCGUGUUUGCUGGUUGUUGUGCGGCUCUCAUCUUUAUCGUCUACUUCUUCGUGAUGGAAACCAAGGACCGAAGCCUAGAAGAGAUUGACACCAUGUAUCUUCUUCACGUCAACCCCAUCAAGUCUAGUUCUUGGGACGGCAGCAAAGUGCCGGAAGGUGUUACUGAGGGUUCAACUCACAAAGAACACGCCACCGUUUAAAAAACGAGAAUGAAAUAUAGAUUGUAGAAAUAGCAUAGACUGCAUAAGUUAAUUUUAAUUUGAACAUAUCAAAAGUACCAGUACC